AUGGAAAUGGGGUGGAAUCGAGGCUGUUAUGGUAGUGGACCGGUCAGUUGGUACACUACAAAGUGGCUCCGGGCUGAGCUGGAGUUCCCGUCCAGGGAGCGCCGUUGUUGGUUGACCGGUCAGGACAGUAUCGACAACGAAGCGAAAAAGGUAAGACCGAAGAAGGAUCGAGCUGGAGACCGAGGGAGUGACAGAUGGAGCCCCGUCUGGAGAAGAUGGAAAUCCCAUCAAAGGAAGCUGAAGCAAGUCAACGGAAGUCGUACAGCAGUUAGUUGA